UUUACCCCGCAGGUGCUAUUCUCGUUCUUCGUUUUGGCGAAGUCAGCCAAACUUGAUGGCUAUAACUUGCCUUCUCCCUCUGGCCCAAAGUUUGGCCAAGGAGGAUGCCAGGAAGGUGAAAUACUUCACGUUGACGGUACCUGUGUCACCCCGAAAGUUACCCGAAACCUAUUCGUGUUCACCGCCCCUAAACAGGAAGUAACCUAUGGAACUCCACCAGAGAUCCCACUUCCAAAGGUAAACCACAACAUCGUUUUCAUUCGCAUUCCUGAAGGCGGUCAGGGUCCUGAGCCCAUCAUUGUGCCGCCGCCCAGGCAGCAGCACGUCGUUUACGUCCUUAACAAACAGUCAGAUGAAGCUCAGCGAGUCAUCGAGGUUCCAGCGCCGCCGCCAAAGAACCCCGAGGUAUACUUCAUCAACUAUGAUGAAGGAGACAACCCGACACUGCCCGACGGUACUGAUUUCCAGACUGCCCUCAACUCUGCAGUUCAAGCCGAUGGCAAGCUCAUUGUUGGUGCUGGAGGACUUACUGGUAACCUGGGUGGUGCUGGAGGAGUUGCUGGAGGCGAAGGCGGUGCUGCUGGUAACCUUAGUGGUGCAGAACUUGUUGGAGAUGAAGGCGGUGCUGCUGGUAAUAUUGCUGGUGUCGGAGGUUUCGUUGGUGACGUUGGAAGUAGCAAUGAAUUCGGAGGAAACAUUGGAGGAUCUGUUGGGUUCAACGUCAAUAUAGGAGGUGGUGGCUUCGGGGAAGCUGCUGGUGUUGGUGGAGAUGGUCAAGAAGGCACUGUUGGAAGUGUUAACGUUAGCCUGGGUGCUAGCGUUGCUGGAGAAACAAGCUCUGAUGGAAAUCUUAGCGGAGAUAGUGGAUUUGAGAGUAACCUUAGAGGAGGUAGUGAAUUUGGAGGUAACAUUGGGUUAGGUGGUGGAUUUGUUGGCAGCACAGGAGUGGUGGACACCCCUGCUGGAGGUUACAGGCCUCCCUCCAACACACCGCCUGGUUUCUACUCCACACCAGGAAGCACAGGAGUGGUGGACACCCCUGCCGGAGGCUACAGGCCACCCACUAACACACCGUCUGGUCUUUACUCCACCCCAGGAAGCACAGGAGUGGUGGACACCCCUGCUGGAGGCUACAGGCCACCCUCCAACACACCGUCUGGUAUCUACUCCACCCCAGGAAGCACAGGAGUGGUGGACGCCCCUGCUGGAGGCUACAGGCCACCCUCCAACACACCGUCUGGUCUUUACUCCACCCCAGGAAGCACAGGAGUGGUGGACGCCCCUGCUGGAGGCUACAGACCACCCUCCAACACACCGUCUGGUAUCUACUCCACCCCAGGAAGCACAGGAGUGGUGGACGCCCCUGCUGGAGGCUACAGGCCACCCUCCAACACACCCGUCUGGUCUCUACUCUACGCCAUAAGGCAGUUUCCAAGUUUUCCGAAAAUGAUCCUUUUGUUGCAAUGAGUCUUAAGCACUAAAAACUUAAUUUUCCUCCUUUUAAUCCUAUAUAUUUAUAAGAAACCUGCAUUUUGCUAACUGUCUAGCAGCUUCCGAAAUAACGAAUG